AUGUUCGAUCAAGUUGCGUCGUUGCUGUCGAUCUGCCCAUGGCAUUUUUGUAAUUUUCAUUCCAUUUGUGACUUUUUUCCAAUAUUUGACUCUUCUUUAUCUUAUCUGAUCACUUUUACCAUUUCACUCUUAUGUUUCGCUGUGACACAGUUCCGGCAACGAAAAGAAAAGAAAAGGAGUUCUGCCGUAAGAAUCUCUCCCAAAUUCAAGGGUGAAAGUGCAAAGUCUGAUCAAAAUUCAACCAAAAAUCACACUAGAGAAAUCCAUUACACCAACAAAACAAGGAGACACGUGCUCUUUCACCGACAUUCACUUCUUCAAGAGUUACAUCUCCACGGGCGUAGUGAGCAUUUUCUUCCACUUGAGUGCCCUCACUGUCUGCUUGUCUUUGCUCACAUCGAAUUUGUUUGCUGGAACACUUUUCAUCCAUUAAUUACACCUUCUAUAUCUUGUUAUGGCGAAAAGAAGAUGUGUGCUUUCAAAGAAGGUGGGCUGCGUGAUCUGGGUUGCCGUUACAUGAUAAGCUAGCACUUGUUGCGAAAUUUGGACUUCGAGGUAUUUUUCUCACAAUGACUUGUAAUCCAAAGUGAGUGGAGAUUCGAAGUGAAUCAUUUCCUAUUGAAAAGAGUCAUAAUAGAAAUGAUUAGUAUGCAAGAUUUUUCAAGAGUAAAAAAAGAGUUCUUUUCUCACAAUGACUUGUAAUCCAAAGUGAGUGGAGAUUCGAAGUGAAUCAUUUCCUGUUGAAAAGAGUCAUAAUAGAAAUGAUUAGUAUGCAAGAUUUUUCAAGAGUGAAAAAAGAGUACUUGAAAAGAGUCAUAAUAGAGUUGAUUAGUAUGCAAGAGAUUUCAAGAGUAAAAAAAGAGUAUGAGUACUUGAAAAAGGAAAUCGUAAAAGACUCGUUGUUAGGGGUGGUUGCUGCUUAUUUUUAUGUGGCGAAUUUACUUCCACAUAUUCAUUGCAGUGGUGGCCGAGAAAAAUAAAGGUGAGUAUAAUAAGGUGAAUAUUCCACAUGAAACAACGAUGUUAAUAGUUUAAUGAUUCAACACUUGUAUGUACUUUGUACAAUUCUAUGACUUUUCGUAGUACUACACCAUGUCAGUGAUAUUUUAUCAAUGUUUUGAGGUUGUCUUUUGUAUGUACAUUGUAUAUGCCUCGAUGUAGGUUCCGGUUGAAUGCACUGCGUAUAUAUGAUGCAUAAUGUCUUAAAAAUAUUUAUGUAGUUUGUAUAUAAAAUGUACUCUGUAGAUUGCUACAAUGUUUAUGAGUUUAUGACUUGUAGAAAUUCUCCUAAAAGUCAUAGUAUAAUAUGGCUGCACUUGGAAAUGAUUUGAUUAGCAUUGUUACUGAUCCCA